AAUCGAGGAGAUUCUGUUUUCUAAUUGGCUAAUGAUCUCCUCCAAUUUUUGUUUUCUAAUUAUACCCAGAUUUCUUUUCUGUUUUUACACAAUUUUCGCCGGCAAGAUCCACAAAAAGAUUUGAUUUUUGUCGAUCUUUAUUAAAUUCCCAAUUGCUGCAUACACUCAAUUUAGGGCACAAAAGAUGGUUCACACCCACUUUGUGUGGUCUCAUGGGGGCAAUCAGGUGUUCUUGUGUGGGGAUUUUACUGGGUGGAUCAGAUAUCAUCAGAUGGUUACUGUUGAGGGUUCUUUGACAACUUUUAUGACAAUUUGUGAUCUUCCACCUGGUUUGCAUAAGUUCAAGUUCUUUGUUGAUGGUGUGUGGAGGAUCGAUGAGAUGCAACCAAUUGUCGAAGAUGAAUAUGGUGUUAAUAACGUUGUCGUUGUGGAACAACCCGCACUUAUACCUCAAAUAUAUUCGAUAAAUGACGGUCAGUCAAUCAUGCAUAUUGACGGUUAUAACGGUAGAAAUCAUGCCGAUGGUGCUUCACCAUCAGGGAGCGUUCCGAACGAACUAGAGGUGGAGAUAACGGGUGAUGACAUAGAGACCACUACUCGUCGUUUGUUUAAGCAUUUUUCAACUUAUAAAGUAUACGACUUGAUUCCCGAUUCAGGAAAGGUGUUUGCAUUGGAUGACAAUAUGACAGUCGAAGAGGCGUUUCUUGUUAUGCAUGAAGAGGGAGUCGCUGUUGCCCCCCUCUGGAAUGCAGCCAAUAUACAGAUUUCAGGAGUGUUAACUGCAUCUGAUUUCAUUAUGUUUCUAAUCGAGCUUCAAAGGAACCGAGCAAUGGCCACUGUAAAUCAAUUUUCUACAAUAUCUGCAUGGAAAGAAGGGAAGCUUCAACUUCAGAGAAGACCUUUGGUCCAAAUUCAUCCUGAUGAUUCCCUCAAUAAAGUUGCGGUUGGAAUCUUGGGAAACCACAUAUCGUCAAUUCCCGUUCUAUAUGUUCCGGAAGGUUCCGCUUGUCCACAAUUGCUUCAUGUUGCAUACCUUAGUGGACUCUUAGAACAUAUACACAGGCAUUUUGAACAUCGUAUCGCGUAUUUGCCACUUUUACAACGUUCAAUCGCGGCUCUUCCAAUUGGUACGUGGAUUAGAGAAGUUGGAGGUGCACGGGAAUUAAAAACGGUUCCCACUAAUUGUCUUCUUAAUGAUGCUUAUAGACUGUUAAUAGACGAACAUAUAAGCUCAGUGCCCGUUGUUGAUGAUAAGCGGGCACUCGUUAACGUUUUCUGCAGGAGUGAUGUUCUUUCGUUAGCAAAGAAUAAUGCAUAUCUUCAUGUUCAACUUGAUCAGACAACGAUAUCGCAAGCACUACAGCUUGUGGAUACUAAUACUCACGGUAGGUAUGCGAUAUGCACACGCUCGGAUACCUUGUACAGGGUCAUUGGUCUUCUUUCCGAUCCCGGGAUACGGCGUGUUGUGGUUGUUGAAGCGGGUAGCCGUUACGUGUUAGGUUUAAUUACAUUGAGAGAUGUAUUUAGUCUCAUUUUUAGAGAUUUUUCUUAAAUAUGCAUUGUUGUCAUUUGAAUAGGGUUUUGGUCAUGGUUUAAUUAUAUGUAGAGGGGGUGGGUGUGUUUAUACACUUUGUUUUUGUAAUUAUGAAUAACACUCCAUUACACUUUCAAAUAUCACAUUUGAUUAAUAUAAUUAUUUUUGAAGAUAUAA